GCUCCGCUGCGACAGGCUCUGGAACAAUGCCUCCGCCUUUGUCAUCCUGUACCAGAGCUGGGUUCUUCUCCGGGAUGAAGACCGGUGUGCUGUCUUUGCUGCUGUCAUCGGCUUUGAUGCUGUGUUUGGCAGGGCGAUGUUCAGUGUCCUGUGCUGGACAGCACAGGCUGCCAGGGUCGGUCUCCCCGCAUCGCUACAGCGACCCCUACGUGGAGCGUAUCAGCUGGCUCGGGCCUCAUGCAAUUGCAUCAACCAGAUGUCAGUGACAGCACUCUGGACCAUAUGGGCCCCCAGCUACAUCCUGGUCAUGCUAAUGGCGGGGCUCCUCCUCACCCUAAUCCCCGCUCUGGCCCAGGACGAGAACAUAGCCACCCAUCACGACCGCAACCUCCAGUGCCCUCGUAUGUUGCUCCGGUUGUCUCUGGACUUACUGUAUCAGGGCGUUUGCAAUGGUAGCUGUGUGAUCCACAGGAACAUGUAUAGACGGCUCUCCACUGAGCGGGCUCAAGCAGCAUCGUUCCGGGCCCCAGGCAGGGGACGACCACAUAUGGAGGACAACUCCGAUGAAGAACUGGUGGACCCUCUCAUCUCCGAUGGAGAGUCUGUGCACCCGGACCCCAACGAGCCCAGACGAGGACCACCGCCUCCCAUCCCGGUUUUCCCGCCACAGCGCACCGAGGCUAUCCAACGCCUGUCCUGGCAGAUUUCCUCGACGGUGGCCUCCCUUCUCCAGUUGAAUGGCACGGUGAUCACCUACAUCCCCCGCAACUGGCAGGAGCUGACGAGGAUCGCGGUCGUCAUCCGACAGGGCACACCUGCGGACAGUCUCCACCCGGACCUCCUCUACGUUAGCGACCGCGGCCCCAGUUCAGAAGAAGGAGAUCACCGAGGAGCUCGCCCAGGCACCACUGGCGGUGUCAGGGAGAGCAGAGCCACUCGGCUUACUGAAGCGGAACUGGACGCCAUGCUUGAUGCGGCCGACGAUAUGGACCUCAACCUGGACGAGAUCCUGGCGGACACCGAUGACGACGCCGCGGAGGAGAUCCCAAGGCCGACGGCUGCCAGCUCUUCGGCACCCCCGCCUCCCGCUCCGGCUACCAACUCCUCCGCCUCGCCGAAGCCGCGUGCGGGCACGAGCAGAAAGUGGGAGGCCUACGGGGUAUGGAUCCAGCAAGCGCGUUGCCUAGUGCAGUCCCUUACUUUCGCGCACUGGUUAAGCAGCAUGCGCUCCUUCUCCCAAGGUACCGGAGCCCGCCGCCCUCCGCUGCGCGGUCGGCUUGCCGAGCACGUACAGUUCCAGGCGGAUCUCCUGACUGCCCGGGUCCUGGCCCUACUCAUCACAGUUGACGCCUGCAGAACCCACGGCCACUCGACCUUCGACCCGACACAGGAAGACCGUCCCGCCAAGGCCCGACACAUUCAGAACUACAAGCCGUCCGGGUCCCAAGUCCCGGAGUUGUUGCCCGUCGCCGAGAACUUUGAAGACAAUUCUCAGCUGCCAGAGGAGCGACGCAACAGACUGAGGGUGGUGUCUUGGAACGCUGGAGGCCUGGCCGGCCACACCUAUAGAGAGGUCCUCACAUGGUUGCAAGGCGAGCAUGAGGACAAAAGGCCGGUAGACCUGUGCGUCCUCCAGGAAACCGGGUGGCAGGAAGACCUCGAGUUUACGACCUCCCAAGAAGUCGCCAACGCUGCAGACUGGCAUGUGAUCCACUCAGCUGGAGAGGGCAAAGACAAAUCAGGCGUGAUGUGCUUGAUCAGAAAGACUCUCCUUCCUGCUGACAGUAUCAGAACGGCCACCCUGGUCCCAGGUCGUCUACUACACGUUCGGCUUCUCACCGCGGUGCCCGUCGACUUCCUGUGUGUAUACCAGCAGGCAUGGAACCUGCAGAACACCUCGCUCAGGGGCCCCAAUAAGACUGAUGCUCUGAUCAGACUACGCAGGCGGAUAUGGGACAAGGUCGACAGAUGGCUGGGAUCCAUCCCACAGCGCAAUGGCUGCGUCCUCAUAGGGGACUUCAACUCGUCAGUCAGUGAAGAGCAGCCCAUCUGCGGAGCAGGACUCCCACAGCCAGAUGCACCAGGUCAUCCAGACCAAGGAGCACUCAUGGAGCUCCUGCGGGCCCACAAAUGCUGUGCAUUAAACACAUGGGGCAGGCAAGGCUCGGCCAGCCGCACAUAUCUCCCCCCUGGUGCUACCUCUUCCAGGCUAGGCACCCAGAUCGAUUUCAUCAUCACUCGUGGGAGCAUGACGGACACCGUGUCUAAACAAGCCUCAGCCUUUGAUGCACCGUUUGUUGCAGUCAGCGGUUGCCGCCAUCGACCCAUCCAAGCCUACCUGCCAGCCCCUCGGAGACCUACUACGCAGCAGGGCUCUCGCAGACUCCAGCCACGCCAGGUGCAGCAACUACUACGACAGCCUGCAUUUCAACUUCGACUGCAUCAGCAGGUCCGAUCGUCCUUUCAUGCAGAAGCCGCCCCAGACUGUCUUGAUGAGCUCCUGAUUACAGGAUGGGAGAAGGCCGCCCGGACCUCUCCACCGGCAGCUCAGCACACUGGAUCAGGCUGCGCAAUAGACCACGAUGGCCCCCUCGCAUGUCAGGUCAAAUGUAUGUGGUCUCUUCGCGACCUUCUGCGCCGUCUGGGUGAAGACAUCCAUACUUGGCGGCAGGGACCCCCUCCUGCUGGUGCUGUGUUCCAGGCCUGGGCGACAGCGACCAAGCUGCAGACUCAUACCCGAGCACUCCGCAAGGCAUGCAGGAGCCGCAAGAUCGUCGCCAUUGCGGAGGCUGUCAGCUCAACCAACAUACACCAAGCUGCCCGCCGCUUUGCUCCCAAGGCACCGCGACGCCGACUGCAACUUCGGAAAGCGGAUGGCAGUUUGCAGACGCAUGAAGAGGAGCUACAUCAAAUCAGUGAGUACUUUACCAAGCUCUACGAUGGGACCCCAGGGACUCACCGCCCGCGCCUCACACAGGACCUUCAGAUCUCCCGGCACGAGCUGCUGGGAGCCCUGCUCAGGCUGCAACCCAGCAAGGCCAUGCCGUCGAACAGUGCACCGGCGGCAUUGUGGAAGCACUUUGGUCAGGAUGUGUUGCCCCUCAUGGAGAGGCUCUUUGCACAACAUCUGGUUGCCGGAUGCCAGGCUCUCCCGGACAGGUGGAACCAGUGCGAUAUGGCCCUGCUGCCCAAGCCCAACAAGUCACUGCAGUCACCGGCACAUCUCAGGCCCAUAUGUCUCCUCUCGUUCCAAGCCAAGACUCUGGCAGCAGUUCUUGCAGGCCGCAUACAACCCUAUGUCGCCGUUUACCUGACCGACACACCACAGUUUGCCUAUGUGGCCCAGCGCUCACUGUCUCAAGCCUUGGAACGCGUCAUCAGCCACUGCGCAGCCGUGAGGACCCUGGUGCAGCAGCAUGUGCAGACACCCCACACACGCCGUCAGGGACGACCCAACCUCAGUCUCUAUGGUGGCUGUCAACUGUCACUAGACAUCACAUGUGCAUAUGAUCAUGUGCCCAGAUGGGCCCUGGAAGCAGCCAUGAGGGACGCCCACAUCCCCGAGACCUUGAUCCAGGCUGUGCUUCUCAUACAUGACCAAGCCUUUGUCCGCAUAACGCACUGUGGGCAGGAGACCUCAUUCAAGUUGCGGAGAGGUCUGCGACAGGGGUGUGGCCUCGCGCCAAUCCUCUGGACACUGUACUCAGGCUGGGUCCUUAAACAGAUGCACAGCCCACCGAUCCUAGAUGUCUCCAAAGCAGCCACUACCUACGCGGAUGAUCAACAUUAUGCAUGGCUCAUACGCAAAGGCCAGGACCUCGAGAACGCCUACCAGGCUAUGAAGCACGUCUUCCGGUGCCUUCUUGACAAUGACAUGCAGAUCAGCGUGGACAAAACAGUGAUUCUGCUUGAGCUUCAGGGACCGCAGGCCACCAAAGCUCUCACCAGGUAUGUGGUACAGCGGCCCACGGGGCCCCACAUGAAGUUCGUGAUCCAAGGCGCCAGCAUGCUGAUCAAGCUGGUGACCCGGCAUGUCUACCUAGGAGCCGUCAUCACCUACCGACGUUUCGAGCAGGAGUCCUACCGACACCGUCUCAAACUGGCCAAGAACUCCUACACGAGGCUGGGGAAGAUUCUACGCAACCACUCGGACUCCCUCGACCAAAGGCCCCAGAAAUGGCCCAAGCCGGGCCCCAAGGGCACACAACUCAGCGGCCGUCGAGGCGGCAAAGGCCGGAGACCCCAACAGUCACAGGGUGCCAACUGGGACCGCUCCAACGACUCCUGGAACGGCAGCGAGUGGGCGCGCAGACAGCCCCAAGACCCACGACGGGAUCAACGGCGACCGCAGAGGGGGCAGAGGCAGGAGGACGACCAGUCUCAACAGCUGGCCGAACUGAAAGCCAUCGUCACGAUGCUCACCUCGCUGGUGUUGAGGCAGGAAGUGCAAUUGAACAUAUGCCGCCAAGACACAGCGUAUGUAAUCUUCCUCCAGACUCAAGGAGAAGACAGCUUGGCGAGAUCACUAUAUGUCAUCGGAGAACAAUGGCAUCGCACGAAGUCGGAGAGCCCGGACCAGCUCAAGGCCCCGCUGCGCGUUAUCAUGUUCCAACAUUUCAUCGAAAUGACGAAAACGCGCUUCACCAAGAUGAUGGAGACGCCAUCGUCGCGAUCCCAGGCUCUGGAGAGGGGCCUUCUCACAGAGGCACCGGCGAUGAUCCCGGGUCUCCGAUGGGACCCCAUCGAGAAGCGCCAUGUCAAGGACCCCCGGGUGACACCCCUGAAGCCCGAAGAGGUGCUGGAGGCCAUGGACCGCCUCCUGAUCUUGAGCUCUCAGGAACUGGUGAUCAACAGGUUCCACGGCAUGCGCAAGCUCAGCGAGGAGUAUGCCUCCCCCAGCAUCGGAAUGUUUCUGGAGUUGGGACUCCGCACGGGGGCAGCCAACGAGGCCUGGAACUUGCUGCACAAGCUCAGCCAGUCUGCUGCCUGGAUGGCCACGGGCGGCUAUCUCCGGCACGAGCAUCUCCACCUGAGCGCCUUGGCGAAGCGCCUUGCAGCUGUGACGAAGUGA